AUGUCCAACUCUCGGCCCUAUGAGUCACAAGCGUUUGCCGAUUCGGAACAAGGCUAUGAUGACUCAUCAGCUCCCCAAUCCAUAUCCUUUUGGAAUCGACUCACCUGGAGAAUGAAGCAAAUAUUUAAACUCAACAAAAAGAAUGCCAUUUUGGCUCUCGUAUUAAUUGUCGUAUUUAUUGGUAUUGUGGUGUUGUGUUUGGUUGGAUCUUUUCUAUUUAUCAAUCGAAGCGAUACUGGAAAAAUUAUUGUAGAUCCAAGAGGACCUAAUUGUUUGCCAAUUCCUCCUUUUAAAAUCGAAUAUAAUGAAGAUCGUAAUUAUACGGAUAGUAGACCUUUGCAAACGAUCAAAUAUGUGGUUGUGAAAAACGCCAAAGUUAUUUCAACUUCGAAUAUUGAUGCAAAAGGAAGAGUUAAAAUUUCACAUGUGGAUUUGCUAUUUGAAGAUGGAAAAAUCAAAAAGAUUGGCCAAUAUGGAUCUUCAGAUUUGAAUAAUUUAUACAAUCCAAGUGAAGCAAGUGUUGUUGAUGUUGGUGGGCGAUUUGUCACAGCUGGUAUUGUGGACAUGCACUCACAUUUAGGCGUUUAUUCAAAUCCUGGAGACUCUCGAGGUCAUGCUGAUGGUAAUGAAAUGGGAAACACUCCUGUCACUCCAAUGGUUCGAGCUGUUGAUGCUUUAAAUCCAAAAGAUCUUUCGAUUAUUGAGUCAAGAAAACAUGGUGGAGUGACUACUGCUCUUGUGUUACCAGGAAGUGCAAACGUAGUAGGAGGAGAGGGAGCAUACAUCAAACUUAGAGCAACUCCGGAAUAUCAAAGUGUUUCAUCUUUGCUCUUUGAAGGUGCUGGAAGAUCUUUAAAGAUGGCAUGUGGUGAAAAUCCAAAAAGAGUUUAUGGUGAAAAUCGACACGUCAUUCCUUACUCACGUAUGGGAUCGGCCUAUUUGAUGCGUUCCCUUUUCACAGAAGCAAGAAAGUUGCAACUUGAACAAGACAACUGGGAUUGUAAUGAGAGUGUUCGUAAGGCUACCCCUUCUCGGCCACAUGAUCUCACACUGGAUUCCAUUGUGAGCUUACUGCGAGGAAGUAACAUGACAUUGAAUGUGCAUUGCUAUGAGGUACAAGAUCUUGAAAUGAUGAUUCGCUUGUCUAAGGAGUUUUCAUUUAAAAUCAAUGCAUUCCAUCAUGCUCUUGAAGCUUACAAGAUUGCUGACAUUUUAGAAAGAAAUCAAAUCGCUGUAGCUACAUUUGCAGAUUUAUUUGGAUUCAAAGUUGAAGCAAUGGAAGCCAGUGUUCAUGCUCCAACCAUUUUAAGAAAUAGAAAUGUCAGAGUCGCAUUGAAAUCUGAUCACCCAGUCAUUUCAGCUAAAUAUUUACUACUCAAUGCUGCCAAAUCUCAUUUCUACGGAUUGGAUGAGCAAAGUGCCUUGAAUUCUGUCACUUCCGUUCCUGCAGAAGCAAUGGCUGUUGGAAAUCGUGUUGGAAGAGUUGAAGAGGGUUAUGAUGCGGAUAUUGUCGUAUGGGACCGAUUCCCUCUCUUAUUAGGAGCACGGCCAAACACUGUUUUCAUUGACGGUAAUAAGUAUGAAGACUUUAAUCUUCCAAUUCACAGUUUAGAUGAUCAUGUUCCCAAGUCAGAUGAACAAUUGUCCAUUCUUGUUGAUGGACAAACAAAAUCAGAGCAAUCGUUUUGUUCCUAUGAUCCUGAAUCAUUUGGAUUGCAACACAAAUCAGGAUAUAGUAUUAAGGGAGCCAAGAUUUACACAAUGAAUAACAAUCAAGUGUUUGAAAAUGGUAAUCUGGUCGUGGAUGGUAACGGAAUUAUUUCUUGUGUAGGAUCGAAUGAAGACUGUCCAAUUCCUACUACCACCGGACAUGUGACAUACACCAUUGAGGAUGGUAUUGUUGUACCUGGCCUGAUUGAGGCAUCUACUUCGUUGGGUCUGUAUGAUAUUGAAUCUGAACCAAAUAUGCAAGACGGAACAAAUUAUGGAAUGAAUUCAGAGUCUUUGUAUGCCGUACAGAGUUCAUAUGGCGUGAGAAUGAGAUCAAGAAAUAUUAGAGCUGCAUGGAAAUCAGGUGUCACUACCUCUGUCACCCAUAGACAAGGAAAACAACUCAUUAAUGGAGUUUGUAGCACAUUUACAUUGGAAGGAUUAUUGGUGAGCGAGUCUUUAAUUUCACCUUCCACUGCUUUAUUCUUGACGGUUGGUGUUUAUUCUAAAGAGGGUGGUAUUUCAGAAUCUGUUUCAUCCCAAAUUUCAUACUUGAGAGAAACAUUUAACACUUCAAACUCAGAGGUCAUCCAGAAAGUAUUACACAGAGAAAUUCCUGUUGCUGCCAUUGUGAAUCAAGCCGAUGACAUUGGACAAUUGAUUGAACUCAAGAAAGAGUUUGGAUUUGAGUUAAUCAUCAUUGGAGGAGCAGAAGCAUAUCUAAUUGCUGAUCGUUUGCGAGACCAUAAUAUUUCUGUAAUUUUAACACCAGUGUCUGAAGAUUUAGGAGACAAAAUCAAUUGGGAAACAAAACGAUCCAAGCACUUGUUUGGAGCUUCAGAGUUAUUUUCUGCUGGUGUGAAAUUAGCAGUCGGAAUGGGUAACAGUGCUCACGAUGUUCGAAACCUUAGAUUCAUUUCUGGCCUUAUUUCAAAAGAAGGAGGAAAGGAAAGUCCUAUUGAUUUUGAUCAAGCUCUUGCUGCAAUGACAAGCAAUGUUGCUGACAUGUUCCAUUUAGGUAAUACUGGAUUGGGAAGAAUUAUCAAGAAUACUCCAGCCAAUUUUGUACUCUAUGAUGGCAAUCCAUUGAAUUUUUCAGGUAGACCUAAAGUGGUUGCUGUCAAAACAUCUGUAGAUUGUAGUAUUGUGCAAUUUUAA